AUGGAAGAAUUUCAAACAUUCCCUGUGCAUGCCCGCGCCGGAUGGACGACCCCCAUUCUAUCCUACCUCAAAGAUGGACGGUUACCACCGGAUCUUGAAGAGCCCAAGAAAAUCCAGAAACGGGCUGCCCGGUUCACGGUGCUGAAUGACGAACUUUACAAGAGAGGCUUCUCCCAACCUUACUUGAGGUGUGUUGAAGAGGAAGAAGUCAAAUAUGUUCUGGAAGAAGUGCAUGGGGGAGUUUGCAGCGAUCACAUGGGGGCAAAAUCCCUCGUCAAAAAGAUCAUGAGGGCAGACUAUUUUUUGCCCUCAAUGCAACAAGAUGCAACAAAUUUCGUCAAUAGAUGUGACAGUUGCCAAAAGUUCAGGAUCCUAAGGACGAUCAUCUCAGAUAAUGGCCGUCAGUUUGACAGUCACGGAUUUAGGUCGUUUUGCUCGAGCCUAGGCAUAAAAAACAAGUACUCAUCCCUAGAACAUCCUCAAGCCAAUGGACAAACGGAAGUAACAAACCGAACCUUGCUAAAGAUCAUCAAGGCUCAGUUAGUGGGGGCAAAGGGAGCAUGGCCCGAGGAGUUACCAAGCGUUCUAUGGGCUUACAGGACUACAACACGAACCCCAAUAGGAGAGACGCCUUUCAACCUGACUUAUGGCACAGAAGUAGUCAUCCCAGUUGAAUUGGGAAUCACCAGCCUCAAGAGGGAGUUCUUUGACGAAGAAAGCAACGACGAUCAACUAAAGCUGAACCUGGAUUGCCUGGACGAAGUCAGAGACCUAGCCUCCCAGAGGAUGACCAAGUGCUAG